ACUUCCCGACGAGGAGGAGGAAGAGGAGCAGGAGGAGGAGGAGGAGGAGGAGAAGGAAGGCGGCUGUGUGUGUGGCUGCGCGGCGGCAGCUCUCGGCGGGAGGCAGGGUUUGGGGUGUUUUGUUUUUUUUGGGGGGGGGGUUGGUCUCACGCCCCCCCCCGGCCUUCCUCCUCCGUGGGGAGUUGGCGCCUGGAGGAGGAGGAGGAAGAGGAGGAGGCAGCAGCAGUAGGGCCGGAGGGGCCCCAUACGCGGUGCCCCCCCCCCCCCCCCCCCCCCCGCCUGGCUUCGUUCCUGGAGUGUUUUUUUUCUUUUUUUUCUUUUUUUUUUUUUUAAAUCUGCAUAUUGAUUUUUAAACAAACAAACAACCCCCCCUCCCGCACUCCCCCCCCCACCCCCCCCCACCCCUCCCUCGCAACGCCAGCCUCUGCCUCCGGGAGGGAAAUAGCCGGGUGAAAUCUCCCUCUGUUUCCAUGGACAACCCGUCCAUUAUCACCCAGGUGACUAACCCCAAAGAGGAGGAGAUCCUGUCCUGCGCUCAGGAUAAAGUGUCCCAGUGUAAUAUCAGCUUGAAGAAGCAAAGGAGUCGAAGUAUCUUUAGCACCUUAUUCUGCUGCUUUCGUGACUACAAUGUCGAACCACCAUCUACCAAUAGCACCAGUGCUCUUCCUCCUUUGGUGGAGGAGAAUGGAGGACUUCAGAAGCCACCAGCUAAAUACCUCCUGCCAGAACUGACAGCAUCAGACUAUGGGAAGAAGUGUGUGGUCAUUGAUUUAGAUGAAACUUUAGUGCACAGUUCAUUUAAGCCAAUUAGCAAUGCUGAUUUCAUCGUUCCUGUUGAGAUUGAUGGAACCAUACAUCAGGUUUAUGUAUUGAAACGACCACAUGUGGAUGAGUUUCUUCAGAGGAUGGGAGAGCUCUUUGAAUGUGUACUCUUCACAGCCAGUCUAGCAAAGUAUGCAGACCCAGUAGCCGACUUACUGGAUCGCUGGGGUGUGUUCAGGGCAAGGCUAUUUAGAGAAUCCUGUGUUUUCCACCGAGGAAAUUACGUGAAGGAUCUGAGUCGGCUGGGACGUGAGCUGAGUAAAGUUAUUAUAGUGGAUAAUUCUCCUGCAUCUUACAUCUUCCAUCCUGAAAAUGCAGUGCCUGUGCAGUCCUGGUUUGAUGACAUGACAGACACAGAGCUGCUAGAUCUUAUUCCUUUCUUUGAAGGACUAAGCAAAGAGGAAGAAGUUUACAGUAUGCUUCAUAAACUCUGCAACAGGUAGCCCUUAACUUUGACUGACUUCUGCUACUAGGUUGCAGUUGCUAGAGGAUGUCUCCAUCUUUUUCAGCUCUUUCAAAUGUAAGCUUUGGGGAGGUCCCUCCUGUCAGAAGUGCUACUCUUGAUCUUCCUCUUACAUUGGACACGAAGGACAAUCAUGAGUGAUGCUAUUAAGCCUUCAGAAACCUGACUCCUAAGGUCAUGUGUUCAGACUACUUUUUUAAAGGAAAAAAAAAAAAAGAAGCUAUUUUAAAUGGGACUCUUUUAAUGAAUUUCAUAAAUGGACAUCUUUUACUGGAUCAGCUUUUCUUAAAACAUGCCAAAAAAGAAGCUUGUAUUUCAGCAGUUGAAUUUCUCUCCCUUUCUUCCCCUCCCACUAUGCAGACAAUUUUACCCCCCUGCUUAGAGCAGUUGACCUGACUCUGAAUUUUUUCUUACAGAAUGAAGUGCCUUUUUGAAUGUUAUUUUAAGAUAAAAAUUCAUUUUUGUAUAAGACUUAUUUCCAGACAUCUUUUAGUCUUGUAUUGUCUAAAUGCUUUAAAAGGAAAAAGGAAAAAAAAUUUUAUAGAGCACUGUAAUAUAUAACAAAGGAAAAAGUUAAAACAAAGAUGCUGGGUUCCUGUCUCCACGUUGACAUUAAGUUGUAUUACAUUUUGUCAUGCUCAGAAGGUUCAAGCGUUUGUGGGAGGGGCGAUUUGGAUUACACGGUUAUUUCACUGAUAGGAUUUUGGAUACGGUUUUGAACAUAUCUGCAGUUGUUUGAGUAUUAGGGAAUGAUGGAAUUUAGAAAAUAGGGUGACAAAUAGAUCUAAAGCACCUUCUAUUCUAGACAGAUGAAGUUCUAUUGUUUCUGCUUACGCACAACUGCCAUGCCUCUCAUUUUUUUGGAAAAUCAUUAUCUUGGGAGAAUGGGGAGGAGAUCUAUUUAUUAGUUUAAAAUUCUUUUCUUAAAAAGAAACCCAUCUGGGUAAGCUGGAUCUGUAUUGAGCUGUUUGGAGUACUUUUUUCUUUUAAUUGCUGCUACUGUAUACUCACCAAAUGGAGUUGACCAUCGGCUGUUAUACUGUUUUUGCCACUGUGCCUGUGCUAUGAAACAUUUUCUGUAAGCUGCAAACUAGGGCAAUAAAUAAAAUGCAGGCUUCAUAACCCA